AUGUCGCACGACCUUCACAAGAUCGUCGGCCAACGCUUUGAUGGCCAUUACAUGGCCACCACCAACCCCUUCAGUCUACCCACACGUCCAGCUUCUCAAUGGGAAGACGCUCGCGAUCGCACCAGCGAGCAGCUUCAUGAGACCGCCAUGUACCAGCUGGGUCUCGUGAACGUCCCGGGCACUUCCACUUCUACUUCUGUCACGUCCAAGACGCGUACCACUCAUACCUCUAAUCCUUUUGAGGCUAUGCAGCAGAAGUGGGAGGAGCGUGGCUGGCUUAUCCAGAAGCACGAGCGUCGCCUCAAGGACAGCAAUGAGCUGCUAUCCAAGAUGUGGCGUCGUCUUGACCCCUACGGCCGCGUGCUCGAGCUUCUGGACAACAAUACCACUGUUCGGCGCCAUGCUGAACGCCACGCUGAGCCUGCGUUCAGCGAGAAUGCCUCCAUGCAGGAACACUUCUGUCGCCUGGCUGCAUACGACUACCUCUACACCAUUGAUCCGGGCUUUGCUAUGCCAUCGCCUGCACCCCAGGCAGAUCCUGCGCUGAACGAGAAGCGUCUCAACAGUCUGGCUAGUACUGUCAAGAUUCAGAGUGGUCUACUGCAGGAGAAGAACGACACGAUUGAGAAGCUACGCACUCAGCUCGAGACCCAGCGUCGUUCUCAUUUCCAGCAGUUCAGUGCGUACCAGAAAGACAGGGACGACACUGUCGAUCGUCUGGAGAAGCAAUUGCAGAAGGCCAACACCAAGUAUUCACGCCUCAAGAGUGCCGCUCAGGCGCCACUCAAGCCAAAGGCUAUCGUGCCUCUUGCCCCACGCUCACAUCUCUCCCAUGCUCCAAUUGCGAAGCCUUCUGUAGCUAAGGCUCCUGUUGUGAAAGUAUGUCAACCAGUAAUUGAAUCUGUGCAGUACUGA